AUGUCAUUGAAAUACCUUGAUACAGCUAGAAAGAUCCUUUGUAUUGGUCGUAACUAUGCGGCACAUAUUAAAGAAUUAAACAAUGCUACUCCACAACAACCAUUCUUUUUUUUGAAACCUUCGUCAUCAGUGUUGAAACCAAAUGCUGGUCCAUUUUUGGUUCCAAAAGGAGUUGUUGUUCAUCAUGAAGUUGAAUUGGCCUUCACUUUAAACAAGGAUUUGAAAAACUUACCUGCUACUUUUAGUCCUGAAGAAGCAUUGGAAAGCAUUGAAGGUUAUGCUUUGACAAUUGAUAUGACUGCUAGAAAUGUUCAAGACGAAGCUAAAAAGAAAGGAUUACCUUGGUCAAUUGGUAAAGGUUUCGAUACUUUCUUACCAGUUUCCAAUUUCAUUCCAAAGGAAAAGAUCCCUGAUCCCUAUAAUGUUGAGUUGGUUUUGAAAAUCAAUGGAGAAGUUAAACAACAGGACAAAACCAAUUUGAUGUUGUUCCCAAUCCAUAAAAUCUUGAGUCAUAUGUCAUCAAUAAUGACUUUGGAAAAGGGUGAUUUGAUUUUAACCGGUACCCCGAAGGGAGUUGGUCCAAUCAACCCUGGUGAUAAGAUUGAAGCUUAUUUAUUGGUUGAUGGUAAAGUGAUUGAAGAGAUUAAACUUGAUGCGGAACAAAAACCUGGUCCAUAUGAAUAUAAACAAACUUAA